AUGCUGCCUCUACUUAUAUUCCUGUUUGUCACAUCAGCACUAGCAAACGACUGCUCACAUAACUUCCAUCGAAUGAACUAUACUAGAUCGGCAAUACUAACGAUAAAAGGUUUACCAACAAACCUUGCAUUCAAUUCUCAUACAAAUGACCUAUAUUUCACGUUAAUUGAUAUGGAAACUUUACAAAACGAUGAAAUACAGACUAAAAUGGAUCAAUAUAUUUUAAGAAAUGGUGAACCAAUAAAAAUUGAAAAUGUCAACGGUCAAGCCGCAGCCGUAGAUUACGAAAAUGACAAAGUAUACAUUGCAAGUGAUGAUGGACUGCAUGUAUUAAACAAAACGGGCAGAGCCAACUUUAUAGCGAUGAAAGAUGAAGACAUUGUCCAGCUGUUUAAACCACGACAUUCAGAUAAUAUCUAUGCGGUGUUCUUCCCUAACAACGAAGUUUAUAAGUUUAAUUUAACUAGUAACGAAAAGGAAAGGGUUGAAAAUGUCCCGUGUGCGUACAUAUUAGCAGUAGAUGGUGACGAUAAUAUUUACUAUGAAUGUGAUUCCAAGUACGUGAGAGUUUUGUUGAAAGGUUUUCAAGAAUCUAUAGAAUUCAUGGGCAUACCUAAGAACUCUGCUCGGGCGAUUACGACUAACGAUGACAGCGAUGUCGUGUUAGCAUCAAACGAUGGAUUGUAUUGGUUAAGGCCGGAUAAUAUAAUUCCUAAGAAAAUGAUGGAUUUAGACUAUAUUCCGGCUGGCAUAGCCUUUAACGGUGACAGCUUUUACAUAUCAACGACUGACGUGAUUUACAAAUAUGAAAUGUGCCAAUAA